GUUGUAUUUAUUUAUUUGGGAGAAGAAUGGACUAUUUACCGGACUGUAAUAACAGAUAUAAAGAUGUGGAGUACUGGAAUGAUCGCUACAAAACCGAGGAGAGUUUUGAGUGGUUCGGCGAUUUCUCUAAAUUCCGACACCUCCUGGUCCAGUAUAUAAAGAAGGAGGAUCGCAUUCUGAUCCUGGGUUGUGGGAACAGCGCUUUGAGUGUGGACAUGUACCAGGCUGGCCACACUCACAUCACCAACAUGGACUACUCCAGUGUGUGUGUGGAGAACAUGGCUCAGCGCCACGCUGACUGCACGGGCAUGAGCUGGGUGUGCAUGGAUGCCCGUCACCUGGCAUUUCCUGACUCGUCUUUUGAUGUAGUAAUGGAAAAGGGCACGCUCGAUGCUAUGCUUGUGGAGGAGAGAGACCCGUGGAACGUCUCAGAAGCCAGCUCUCACCUACUACACCAGGUGCUUACAGAGAUCAGUCGUGUCCUGAAGCCCGGAGGUCGUUUUGUGUCGUUGACCUUUGCGCAGCCACAUUUCCGCAAGAGACUGUACGCUUGCACAGAAUACGACUGGUCCAUCAACCACUACCACUACGGAGACGGCUUCCAUUAUUACUUCUACGUUCUUACCAAAGGGGAAAAACUUAGUCCAGAGGACACAGCACUGGAAAGGAAAGUGCACUUACAAGCAGAUCCCGAACCCACUGCUGUUACAUUUCAGGAAGUCGAAAAUGAGGACUUUAUUAAUAAUAUUAACCUGUAAAGACUGCUGUUGUUUAAAGAAGCAUAAAAUAUUU